AUGCCCUCACCAUUAGACCAGUGGCUCGAACACGCCAUAGCCCAAGACCACGGCUCCCUACCCCACCACACCCAAACCCUCAAACCCGUAAUCGAAAACACUAUCAAGCCCGAAGAUGCAGCAAAACAACUUGUCUCCGAUGUCACAUCAAAUCGCGAUAGUGCGGACACCGCAUACCGAUUCUGGAAUCUGGUUUUCCGUACUGCAGCAACUUUUCCACCAUACUUUGGGGUUAUUGUAGACCUUGUUCUAGCUAUCUAUGAUGUGCCUUCUGGUUCUGAGGGGUUUAAGGGGAUUGAAAGGUAUUUUUGGGAGAAUUGGCAAGAUGUGUAUAGUGAUUACUACACUUAUCGAACUUUGGCAUCGUCUGCCGGGACAAAUACUCCGAACAAUGCAAAGCGAUGGAUAAAUUUCACGCACUUCUCGGCAAUACUAUUGCAUCAAAGCGAUAAAGAAGUGUUUGUGAAAGAGAUAGGCAUACAUGCAUUCUUCGAUCUCAGAAAUGCUUUGAAGAUAACAGUGCAAACUCAUGGUACAAAGACAUUGCGUCACAAUUCUGUCGUUUCGGCACGGCAAGCUAUGGAAACUGAUGUUGUGGCUGCUGCACAAUGGGUCAUUUAUGCUGGAACCAAGCUUCUGUAUCUUGAGAACGCAGGUUUUGGUAAUCAUUGGACUAGAGGACUAAGUCAAAAGACAGAGUUAUGGGAUGGUGAGCCAGGGUUCUCCAAGGCGAGAUGGGAGGUCUGGGCCAGAAGGUUCGAGGAAUCAGCGAAAGAAGAUUGA